AUGGACAGCUCCUCGGUGGCCUGGCCGCUGAACGGCUCCGGCAGCCAGGAGAAGGCGGCGGCGGGGGAGCAGCUGGCCGGCCACUUCUCCACCCUGGGGACCGUCGCCCUGGCCGUGCUCAUGGCUCUGUUGAUCGUGGCCACGGUGGUGGGCAACGCGCUGGUGAUGCUGGCGUUCGUGGUGGACUCCAGCCUGCGGACGCAGAACAAUUACUUCCUUCUCAACCUGGCCAUCUCCGAUUUCCUAGUAGGUGCCUUUUGUAUUCCACUGUACGUACCCUAUGUCCUAACUGGGAAAUGGACCUUUGGACGAAGCUUUUGCAAGCUCUGGUUGGUGAUGGAUUACCUGCUGUGCACCACUUCUGUCUUCAACAUUGUGCUGAUCAGCUACGAUAGAUUCCUCUCCGUGACAAGAGCGGUUUCAUACAGAGCCCAGCAAGGGGACACCAAGCAAGCUGUGUUCAAGAUGACAAUGGUGUGGCUUUUGGCCUUCCUGCUGUAUGGACCUGCCAUUAUUAGCUGGGAAUACAUAUCUGGUGGAAGCAUCAUACCUGACGGGGAAUGCUACGCCGAGUUUUUCUACAACUGGUAUUUCCUUAUCACAGCCUCCACUAUCGAGUUUUUCACCCCUUUCCUUAGCGUGAUGUUUUUCAACCUGAGCAUUUAUCUCAACAUCCAGAAACGUACCAAAAUCCGCUUGGAUGUGCUUCACGAAAACCAGAGCCAAAACUUCAUGGAGGAGAUGGAAACGAGUCCAGAAACAAAGCUCUCCCUGAAAUGCUGUAAGUGGGAACAGAGAACGCCGGCAGAAACCUUGGAUGUUCCAAAAUGGGACCUGCAAAAGGAAAACGCCCGUGAGAAUGUAAAACACUCCCAGGCGUCCAGCACAGAGAGUGCAGGGCCUCAGAGCAACAAAGUGAAAGCCUCUUCCAAAAGGAGCGAUAAGAAUUCCACAUCCACCCUCUCCUUAGAGAAACGGAUGAAGGUUGUCUCCCAGAAUGUUACGCAACGUUUUAGGCUUACCCGGGACAAGAAAGUAGCCAAAUCACUCGCCGUUAUUGUGGGCAUUUUUGGCCUCUGUUGGGCACCGUACACGCUUCUUAUGAUCAUCCGAGCGGCUUGCCAUGGCCAUUGCAUCCCCGAAUUCUGGUAUGAGACCUCCUUCUGGCUCUUGUGGGUCAAUUCUGCCAUCAACCCCGUCCUGUACCCGCUGUGCCACUACAGCUUCAGGAGAGCUUUUGUUAAACUCCUGUGCCCCAAGAAAUUAAAGAUUCAGCCACACAGUUCUUUCCAAAAAUGUUGA